GCGGGGAAUGAUGGCGGCUCUCAGUGCCCGCUGGGUGAGAGGUCUGACCCGCAGAUCCGCCUUUGGAGUGUGUUUCGGCAGCAGGGAUCGCGCUGCUUUUCUGCUGCAGAGAUCGGCAGUGAGAGCAGCAUCUGGUGUUUCAAAGAAUGACUUGCCAGGACCAUAUCCAAAUACUCCAGAGGAAAGAGCAGCUGCAGCUAAGAAAUACAACAUGAGGGUGGAAGACUAUGAGCCUUACCCAGAUGAUGGAAUGGGCUUUGGUGAUUAUCCAAAACUUCCUGAAAAAUCUCAGCAAGAAAGGGACCCAUGGUACUCUUGGGAUCACCCUGACCUCAGGAGAAAUUGGGGGGAACCGAUUCAAUGGGACUUUGACAUGUAUACCAGAAACCGGGUUGAUACGUCGCCUACAGCUCUACCUUGGAAUACUAUGUGCAAAUACCUCUUUGGAUUUAUUGGGUUUAUGCUCUUCAUGUUCUGGGUUGGAGAAAAGUAUCCAGUGUAUCCUCCUGUGGUAUGAUCAGUUACACUGGGAUUUUUAAAUUGCUAGUUUAUAAUAUCUUCAGUAGUUAAAAUAAUCCAACCCUCAUAUGUAAUAUCUUUGGAUCUUUGUUGGGAGCUGAAAUCCAGAAAGUGCUAGCCAAUUGUAAAACAUCCCUAGUCAAAGGCAAAGUUAUAAUUAUUUAAGUCUCAGUGGAGUAAAAUUCCAACAGUGCUAACCAACAGCAACAAAUCAACAGUUCAGUUACUAUAAUGAAAGGUACAUUAAAUAAGCAUAUUUUAAGUUUCCAUAGUGGUUUAUAAUAUAUUUGAAACAUUUCUGCUUUAUCCGGGGAUAUGUAUUUAAAUGCCUACAUACACAUGCAAAUUUACUCUUCCUGCUAUUGUAUUUAGCCAAUGGCGUGUUCUUCAUCUGUUAGCUUGUGAGGAUCAUUUAUUGAGUAGAAGACUAUAAAAAAAUAUAACUUAACGUAAUGUUGCUUAUUUGUUUUGGAAUAAAAAAGUAAGAGUUUGCCAUCUUGUCUAAACUAAAAACAAGCUAACCAUUCCAACAGAGAUUAGAACUAAUGGUAUGAACUUGAGAUCUAGUUGUUUAUCUGAAUAAACACUUUGCAUUUAGAAAGACCAAUUCAAACCUUUAACCAUUCUAAUUUUGUGACUGCUGUUAUAUGUUUAACCUCUACAUUUUUUUUUCUAGGCACCUAAGCAAUAUCCAUACAACAAUCUAUACCUGGAAAGGGGCGGUGAUCCUUCUAAAGACCCUGCAAAAGUUCAAAAUUGUGAAUUCAAAUGAUUUCAUAUUGUGAUGGAAUAUGUACAGCUCUUACUAAUUUACAAUAAAUAUUUGCCCUUAAAUAUU